GGCCGCUGCCGCUCGAGCUUGGGCAGGACGCGGGGCGGGCGGGGGGAGGGGGGAGCGGCUUCGCUUCCAGCCCCGAGUGAGGCGGAGACCCAGGCUGGCGGGCGGAGCAGGAGGCACCGCACCUCGGCCAGAGGCGGCUGCAGCAGCUGCUGCCCUCGUCCCCGCCGCCGCCUCUCCAGUUCCUUCUGUGAUUACCGCUCCAGCUGCUGGGAACCGGCGAGAAAGAGGAGGAGGCGAGAAACUCCCACCGACCCACAGAGGGAGCAUGACUUCGGCAACUUCACCUAUCAUUUUAAAAUGGGACCCCAAAAGUUUGGAAAUCCGGACACUAACAGUGGAGAGACUUUUGGAGCCACUUGUUACACAGGUGACGACCCUUGUCAACACAAGCAAUAAAGGCCCCUCUGGUAAAAAGAAAGGGAGGUCAAAGAAAGCCCAUGUACUGGCUGCGUCUGUAGAGCAAGCCACUCAGAACUUCCUGGAGAAGGGUGAACAGAUCGCUAAGGAGAGUCAAGACCUCAAAGAAGAAUUGGUUGCUGCUGUGGAGGAUGUGCGUAAACAAGGUGAGACGAUGCGCAUCGCCUCUUCAGAGUUUGCUGAUGACCCAUGCUCAUCCGUGAAGCGUGGCACCAUGGUGCGGGCGGCAAGGGCUUUGCUAUCAGCUGUAACGCGCUUACUCAUCCUUGCGGACAUGGCGGAUGUCAUGAGACUUUUAUCUCAUCUGAAAAUUGUGGAGGAGGCCCUGGAAGCUGUCAAAAAUGCUACAAAUGAACAAGACCUUGCAAAUCGCUUUAAAGAAUUUGGGAAAGAAAUGGUGAAACUUAAUUAUGUAGCUGCAAGAAGACAACAGGAGCUGAAGGACCCUCACUGUCGGGAUGAGAUGGCAGCCGCCCGAGGGGCUCUGAAGAAGAAUGCCACAAUGCUGUACACGGCCUCCCAAGCAUUUCUCCGCCACCCCGAUGUUGCCGCCACAAGAGCCAACCGAGACUAUGUGUUCAAACAAGUCCAGGAGGCCAUUGCUGGCAUCUCCAAUGCUGCUCAAGCUACCUCGCCCACUGACGAAGCCAAAGGCCACACGGGCAUCGGCGAGCUGGCUGCGGCUCUGAAUGAAUUUGAUGUAAGCAUCCAGAAUAAGAUAAUCCUGGACCCCAUGACGUUCAGCGAGGCCAGGUUCCGGCCGUCCCUCGAGGAGAGGCUGGAGAGCAUCAUCAGCGGCGCGGCGCUCAUGGCCGACUCGUCCUGCACCCGCGACGACCGGCGCGAGAGGAUCGUGGCCGAGUGCAACGCCGUGCGUCAGGCGCUCCAGGACCUGCUCAGCGAGUAUAUGAAUAACGUAGAAUCUGGGCUCUCCAGUUCCACACUCCCUCUCAUCUUGCAUGUUCCUCAUCUCCCUUACCUUCCAGGCCCUAGGAAGAAGACUGGAAGGAAAGAAAAAGGAGAUCCUCUAAACAUUGCAAUUGAUAAGAUGACCAAGAAAACAAGAGAUCUAAGGAGACAGCUUCGAAAAGCAGUGAUGGAUCACAUAUCUGAUUCUUUCUUGGAAACCAACGUCCCUUUGCUAGUUCUCAUUGAGGCUGCAAAGAGUGGGAAUGAAAAGGAAGUAAAGGAAUAUGCCCAGGUUUUCCGUGAACACGCCAACAAGCUGGUGGAGGUUGCCAACUUGGCCUGUUCCAUCUCCAACAAUGAGGAAGGGGUAAAAUUAGUCCGGAUGGCAGCCACCCAGAUUGACAGCCUGUGCCCCCAGGUCAUCAAUGCCGCUCUCACGCUGGCUGCUCGACCACAGAGCAAAGUUGCUCAGGACAACAUGGACGUCUUCAAAGACCAGUGGGAGAAGCAGGUCCGAGUGCUGACAGAGGCUGUGGAUGACAUCACCUCAGUGGAUGACUUCCUUUCUGUCUCAGAAAAUCAUAUAUUGGAGGAUGUGAACAAGUGUGUGAUAGCCCUCCAAGAGGGAGAUGUGGACACCCUGGACCGGACUGCGGGGGCCAUCAGAGGCCGGGCGGCUCGAGUCAUACACAUCAUCAAUGCUGAAAUGGAAAACUAUGAAGCUGGUGUUUACACUGAGAAGGUGCUGGAAGCUACAAAAUUGCUCUCUGAGACAGUGAUGCCACGCUUUGCUGAACAAGUAGAGGUUGCCAUUGAAGCCCUGAGUGCCAACGUCCCUCAACCAUUUGAGGAGAAUGAGUUCAUCGAUGCCUCUCGCCUGGUGUAUGACGGUGUUCGGGACAUCAGAAAGGCUGUUCUGAUGAUCAGGACCCCAGAAGAACUAGAGGACGAUUCUGACUUUGAGCAGGAAGAUUAUGACGUGCGCAGCCGGACAAGUGUUCAAACUGAGGAUGACCAGCUUAUCGCAGGGCAGAGCGCACGGGCCAUCAUGGCACAACUACCACAGGAGGAGAAGGCAAAAAUAGCUGAGCAGGUGGAGAUAUUCCACCAAGAGAAAAGCAAGCUGGAUGCUGAAGUGGCUAAAUGGGACGACAGCGGCAAUGAUAUAAUUGUGCUGGCCAAGCAGAUGUGUAUGAUCAUGAUGGAAAUGACAGACUUCACAAGAGGCAAAGGCCCAUUGAAAAAUACUUCUGAUGUCAUUAAUGCCGCCAAGAAAAUUGCCGAAGCUGGUUCUCGAAUGGACAAAUUAGCCCGCGCUGUGGCUGAUCAGUGUCCUGAUUCAGCAUGCAAGCAGGAUUUAUUAGCCUACCUUCAACGAAUUGCCUUGUAUUGCCAUCAGCUUAAUAUCUGCAGCAAGGUGAAGGCAGAAGUACAGAAUCUGGGAGGAGAGCUCAUUGUGUCAGGGACAGGAGUUCAGAGCACUUUCACUACCUUUUAUGAGGUAGAUUGUGAUGUCAUAGAUGGGGGCAGGGCUAGUCAACUUUCUACCCACCUCCCAACCUGUGCUGAGGGAGCUCCAAUCGGGAGUGGAAGCAGUGAUUCUUCCAUGGUUUAUUCACAGGAUUCCUGCAUCAGGCUGGGAGAGCAAAGGGGCUCUGAAGAAGAGACAGGCUAUCAUAUUUUUGCUGCAGAAUUAGACACCAUCUAUCUGAAAAUGGAAUCUGUGCUGGACAGCGCCACGUCACUCAUCCAGGCAGCUAAAAACCUGAUGAAUGCUGUUGUCCUCACGGUGAAAGCAUCCUAUGUGGCCUCAACCAAAUACCAGAAGGUCUAUGGGACAGCAGCUGUCAACUCCCCUGUUGUGUCUUGGAAGAUGAAGGCCCCAGAGAAGAAGCCCCUUGUGAAGAGAGAAAAGCCUGAAGAAUUCCAGACGCGAGUUAGACGAGGUUCUCAGAAGAAACACAUUUCUCCUGUACAGGCUUUAAGUGAAUUCAAAGCAAUGGAUUCCUUCUAGGACGAUAGGCUUUAAAAGAAAGCUUUUUCUUUGUUUUUGUUUUUUUUUUUCUUUUCCUUUUCUUUUUAAUUCCAUUUUUGUAUGCAUACCUGCCGACUCGUAUGCCUCUGGCAUGGGGAAAUUAAGGGAGCAGUGUCUGCAUGUAAGAUAAGAUGUGGUCAAUACUACUGAUCCAUCUGUAGCCCAGAGAGGGGACAGGGAAUUCCUGUCCUGAGGUGGCACAGAGCUGUCCUUUGCAACAGUCUCAUAAAAUUGGAUAAAGAGUUCGCAUCACAAUGUUUACGGGAGUGGGAGGGAUGGGGGAAAUAAACUUAACUCUACAAAAGCAAACUCUAAUGCAUGCAAGAAUCAUUAGGUUGGCAGGUAUACUAAUAAGUGAAAAAUCUGGAAGUGUAAUGGUAGAACAUAAAGCUUGUAUUGCUUCUGUUUCAGUGCAAAAAUAUACUAGCCAAUACGCUUAAGUGUGUGGCCCACAAAUUGAAAAUUCAACUUUGACAUCACAUCCAUGACAUUAUGUGGAUUUUUUACUAAGGAGAAACUAACUCAUCCAGCCUAAAAUGCUUCUUUUAAUCUGUAUUCUGUUCUUUCUCUUCUAGUAGUGCCAUUACUAGUGCUCAUGUGAUCAAUUUUUCCCCCUUUACUGAAAACAAUAAACAUUUAUUUGGAACAAUUAUAAUCCUUCUGGGGGCACUGGAAGCACAAUGUGGUGAUCAAUCUUGCUUUUACUUUUUAAAAAAUUUUAACUAUGAUUUUGCUAGAAAUAGGAGGCCCAGUGGUAAAAUGUUAGAGGAAUGGAAACUGAUAAUGUGUGAAGGUUUAGGGGCAAAUACAUAGGUGUAGCUUGGAGUGCCGGUAUCUAAUAUACCAUUGUAUCCACUAACUCAAAAUAAACACAUUUAAUCUUGA